UACCCGCUCCCAACUAUCUACCCGUACUUCAUUCGCUUUUUAGUGCCCCGCCGUUUCACAUCGCGCUCCCGUGUUAAAGUGAUAAAUCAGUGAUUAAAGUUGUUACAAUGCCUAAACGGAAACGUGAAAAGGAUAAGGAUAGUUACGACUAUCUUUUAAAGAAAAUAAAACGACUCGAGAAGAAAUUACGAGCACCUGAUCGGGACAAACAUCGUGACUCAUCGAUCUCGCAGGAUGAAUCAGACACGGACCUUUUAGACGCAUGGGCGAUUCCUGAGGAUGAUGCCAAUGGUGCGUUACCGGAACCGAACCAAACAGAUGGUUCGUUAUCCGAUGAAGUUUCUCAGCCUGUGCUCAUCACAUCGAAGCCUGCCGUCACCGUGCCUACAGCACAGCCACAGCCGGCUCCUGGCGCGACAGCUAAUCCUGCUGCUCCGGCUGCUCCUGCCAGCCCACCUUUGGAGUCUCAAGCCUCCCCCGCCAUCGAGAAUACUGAACAACAGAUACCUGAACCAGAAGAAACAUUAGAUGCUGAUUUGAUGGAAAUACUGGGUACUGAUCCCAAUUCGGUUAAGCAAUACGGAAAAGAUAUACAAAAAGACUUGUCAAUUAGAUUAGAACAUUGCGCAACAAACGGAUUGACGAAAGAGUUGCGCAAAGAAUUCAAGGAGAGAUAUUUGACACCUGAUAACUGCAAAUUAAUAGAUCCUCCUGAAAUGAACGCUGAAGUCAAGGCCGCGGUAUCGGAUGUUGUAAUUAAACGCGACAAAGCUAUUGAGAAUAAACAAAAGCAACUUACCUCUGCUAUUAGUUGCCUUAGCGAGGCUAUAACGAUCCUUAUGCAAAACAAAGAGAAAAAUACACCUUUGUUGAAACUUCUCAUUGAUUCAACUAGAAUCUUAUGCGAUUGUCAACAUGCUGACACUAUUACAAGGCGAAAUUUCUUAUUAAAUGCCAUGAAGAAAGAAAUGAAGGAUCAGCUUCAAAAUACAAAAAUCGACAAGUUUUUAUUUAGUGAAAACUUGGCAGACACUUUAAAAUCGGCUAAAGCCAUUACCAAAUCUGGAGCAGACCUAAAAAUUCCGGCACCUAAACCUCAGGCUAAAAAGCCUAAUCCCAGUACAAAUAAAAAUUUAAACUGGAAGCCGGGUCCAGCGCGCAGGCAGCCAGGACCGUCACGAGCGAAGGAGCCUGCGACCUCGACGAGUCAUCGGCCCAGGCACACCUCGAGGCCAUCGCAGCAUCAGCAGCACUACAGGACGAGCUACAGACAUCGUUAGCCACGGUAAUACCAGGAGCCGACGGCAGGUGCGCUCACAGACUACCCUGGUGGCCGGAAUAUUAUCCGCGAAGCGAUGAUAAGAAGAGGUGUCCCACCAUCUUCCACACACAUACUGUUGGAUUCAUUAUCUAAUAACUCAUACAAACAGUAUGAAGGGUGUUAUAAAAAGUGGUUCAUUUAUUGUAUAGAAAAUAAAUUGAACAUUUAUGAUGUAUCAAUUCCAGAAAUCAUAAGAUUUUUAACAAUAAUGUUUAAUAAAGGUGCCCAAUACGGAACAUUGAAUUCUUGUAGAUCCGCGCUUUCGUUGAUUGCUAAUGAAAAACUUUCCGAUAAUGAUGACUUGAAAAGAUUUUUUAAAGGAGUGUUUCGUUCUAGACCUCCACUUCCUAAAUACACCGAAACCUGGGAUCCGUCAGUCGUUUUAGAUUAUUUGGGAAAAUGGUAUCCCAAUGAAGAUUUAUCUCUCGAACAGAUAUCUAAAAAAUUAAUAACACUUUUGGCUCUCGUAACAUCACAUAGAGCACAAACACUAGCUAAUAUUAAAAUAUGUAACAUCGAAAAUUGCUCCGAUAAAAUUAAAAUUAAAAUCCCAGACCUCAUUAAGACGUCGCGAAUUGGUUCUACACAACCAGUACUGAUCUUGCCCUUUUUUAAUGAGAAACCAGAGAUUUGCCCGGCAAGAACAAUCAACUCUUAUUUACAAAAGACUAAAAAUAUUAGAAAUCAGGCGGAAUGUCUUUUUAUCAGUUUUAAAAAACCUCAUAAGCAAGUCGGCACGCAAACAUUAAGUAGAUGGAUUAAAAAUGUUUUAACCUUAAGCGGAAUUGAUACGUCAUCGUUCACUGCGCAUAGCACUCGGCAUGCUGCCUCUUCUGCUGCGCACAGGUCCGGGGUCAGUUUAGACUUAAUACGCAAAACUGCGGGCUGGAGUUCUACCUCAGAAACAUUUGCUAGAUUUUAUAAUCGCCCUGUUAUUGAUCCGAAUCAUGAUGAUUGCUUUGGCUUAACAAUCAUGAGAAGUUAAGUAUUCACCUAAGUAUAACUAUUAACAUGUUUAAUCAAUAAUUAGAAUACAUGUUGAGUAAAAAAUUUACAUAUUUAUAUGUACCUACCUAUCAAUGUGUAAAACGUACAUAUAAAGUAAAUCAAUAAAAGAUGAUUUAAAGUA